AAAAGUGGGCAGACGGUGGCCGGCCGGGCUACUGGGACCCACCCCAGAAUUUGGCCAAAUACGGGCACAUACUCGCGCGACUCCCGGGCCGGCCGUUGUUCGUCCCCCUCCCUCCCGCCCACUCCUUCCACCGUCGCGGACGGCGGCAGGUCGGCGGCGGGGGCCCUCCGCCGUCACACCACCACCGGCGUCCGCGCUCGGCUCCCGCAGACCCAAUCCGGGGUAGCCCCGGCGAUCGAGGGAGGCGGGUCUCUUCGAUUGGCCUCGAUCCCUCCGACGCGAUUCGGGUGGGAGCCGGUGAGGCGGGGGACGGGGCCCUUCCGGUUCCGAGCGAGGACGACGAGGAGGAGCAUCGGGGAUGAGCAGCGCGGCCGUUUCCGGGGUGGUGUCGAGGAAGGUGCUGCCGGCGUGCGGCGGGCUGUGCUACUUCUGCCCCUCGCUGCGCGCCCGCUCCAGGCAGCCCGUCAAGCGCUACAAGAAGAUCCUCGCCGAGAUCUUCCCCGCCACGCAGGAAGAGGAGCCGAAUGAAAGGAGGAUCGGGAAGCUGUGCGACUAUGUGGCUCGGAACCCUCAUCGCGUGCCAAAGAUCACAGAAUACUUGGAGCAGAGGUGUUAUAAGGAGUUGAGAAAGGAGCAGUACGGCUUUGUAAAAGUAGUUGUGCUGAUAUACCGCAAAUUGCUGGUCUCUUGUAAAGACCAGAUGCCAUUACUAGCAAGCAGCUUACUGAGCAUCAUAUGCACUCUCUUGGAUCGCAUGAGGCACGAUGAUAUGCGCAUCAUAGGGUGCGAAACCUUGUUCGAUUUUGUUGUCACUCAGGUGGAUGGCACAUAUCAGUUCAAUCUGGAAGAACUCGUGCCAAAACUCUGUGAACUAGCUCAGGUGGUAAAGGUGCAAGAGAAGUCUAAUGCACUCCGUGCAUCAGCCCUUCAAGCCCUUUCGGCAAUGAUAUGGUUUAUGGGCGAGCUUUCUCAUAUCUCAUCAGAGUUUGAUACUGUUGUUCAAGUAGUAUUGGAAAGCUAUAGUCCUCAAAAGAUGCACAAUGACAAUGAUGGCGUUGAAGCUCAAGGCAGUGGGUGGACAGAAGUCCUUAAAGCAGAGGGUCGUGCCUCUCCCUCUCCUUCCCCAUUUACCAUCUCUAGGACAACUUCUUGGAAGAGCAUAGUUAGCGAUAAGGGAGAAAUCCAAUUGCCUGUGGAAGUCACCAAGGAUCCUAACUUUUGGUCAAGAAUCUGCGUACACAACAUGGCCAGGCUAUCCAGGGAGGCAACCACUUUCCGUCGUGUUAUUGAGUCCUUACUUCGUCACUUUGAUAAUAAUAAUUCAUGGUCAUCCCAGAGCACACUUGCUCUCUCUGUUUUAUUGGAUAUGCAAAUGUUGAUGGAAUAUUCAGCUUCUGCAGGGCAAAACACAAACCUCAUGAUGUCAAUAUUGGUAAAGCACCUUGAACACAAGUCUGUAUUGAAGCAACCAGAGAUGCAACUUUGUAUCGUGGAGGUGAUAACUGCACUUGCAGAACAAUCAAGAGCUCAGGCUUCAGCAGCAACCAUAGGUGCUAUAAGUGACCUUGUGAGACAUAUGAAGAAGACAUUGCGUGUCGCUGUUGGCAGUGGAGAUUUGGAGGUGAUAAAGUGGAACGACAAACUCCGGAAGUCUGUUGAUGACUGCAUAGUUCAGCUGUCAAAGAAGGUAGGUGACGCUGGACCUGUCCUUGACAUGAUGUCUGUGAUGUUAGAGAACAUAUCGCGCAGUCCUCUUUUUGCCAUAGCAACUACAUCGGCAGUUUAUCGCACAGCCCAAAUAAUAGCUUCUGUUCCGAAUUUGUCAUAUAAGAAUAAGGUAUUUCCUGAGGCACUCUUUCAUCAGUUACUGUUGGCAAUGGUUCACCCUGACCAUGAAACUCGUGUUGCUGCACAUCGUAUAUUUUCUGUUGUCCUUGUCCCAUCUUCUGUUUCUCCCUUUCCUCAUUCGACAUCCCCAGAUCAGCAUAAUAAGCAUGAAAUUCAGAGGACACUCUCAAGGGCUGUCUCUGUCUUCUCAUCUUCAGCUGCUUUGUUUGAUAAGUUGAGGAGGGACAAAAGCUCCUUCGGAGAAAAUACACAAGAUGGAAGCAGGAAUAGAAUUUUAUACAGCAUUGGUGAUGAAACUGCUUUACCCAAGGAUCUGUCGGGUUCACAAAGCCAUAGACACAGCUUCCGAGUUCCUAAAUUGUCUGUUAAAAGGGUUUCAUCAUCAUCUUUGCGAUCUCCUUCUACAUCCCUGAGGGAAGGUCAAAAUUCGUCAACUGAAUCAUGUAAUGAAAUGGAACGUACUUUCUUAAGACUAAGCAGUCACCAGACCACACUUCUGUUGUCAUCCAUUUGGGUCCAAGCGGUUUCUCCUCAAAAUUCUCCUCAAAAUUAUGAAGCUAUUGCUCAUACUUAUAGUUUGCUUCUAUUGUUUUCUGGGUCAAAGAUAGCAAUCUUCGAGGCUCUUGCUCAGAGUUUUCAAGUUGCAUUUUCUUUAAUGACACAUUCACUCCGGGAAACAGGUUCGCUGCCACCAUCUCGUCGUCGGUCCUUGUUUACUCUGGCUACAUCUAUGACCAUUUUCUCUUCAAGGGCUUUCAAUGUGGCACCUCUUAUCCCAAUUUGCAAAUCUAUGCUCAAUGAAAAAACAGUGGAUCCUUUUCUUCAUUUAGUACACGAGACUAAACUUCAGGCUGUGAACGAUUGCUCGGAAGAUCCAUCAAAGACCUAUGGAUCACCAGCAGAUGAUGCUGAUGCGUUGAAGUCUCUUUCAGCCGUAAUAUUAAUAGGGGGGCAUUCACGAGAAUUCAUGACCUCUACAAUCAUGAACAGCAUAACAGAUUUACCAGAUAUGGAGUUAGAAAGUAUAAGAAGUCAACUGCUAAGCGACUUCUCUCCUGAUGAAAUGUGUCCAACAAGUGCUCAAUUUUUUGAAGUGCCUAGCAAAAAUCCACUGUCAGUGUCGGACGAUGAUUUCUUCCAUCAGGAGGCCACACCUAUCAGUAUGGCUAAUGGAGCUACACCCACAGGAAAUCUUUUGGGUAUCGAUGAGCUUUUACAAACAGUCGACGCUGGCGCAUCUUCUCAAACAGAAAGGUACUCGGUGUCAAGGGCUCCUGACCUCCCAUUCAAGGAGAUGACUAGUCAGUGUGAGGCUCUCUGUAUGGGAAAACAUCAGAAGAUGUCUGUAUUCAUGAGCUUCAGCGGCAGCAGGCAAGCAGCUGACCCAGGAAACAAGAUCGGGCACACGGAAGCAAUCCAUAUCUCCAACGAGCAGAACACAAACCCUUUCCUCCAGGAAAACUACCCAGACGAUGGUGGCAAGUUACAGGCUGCUGAUGGAUCGCAGCAACAACAUUUGCUGAAGCUGCCGGCAUCAAGCCCGUACGACAACUUCCUGAAGGCCGCUGGCUGCUGAUGCUCCAGUACAGGGAACCCCGACGUGUGUAUGAUACGGAAGAUCAUCGCGUGCGUAGGGAAGUAACAAUGUGUCAUUGCCAUGUGCCCCUUGGGCUCAGAAGCCCAGCAUUUCAUCCUCUCACGUUCGGUCGUAUGUCCAAGUUUACGCCACUGCAAUGUUUUUUGGGCAACUUUUCCUCUCCGCCUGUGUAUAUUUGUAAUGUAACAUUGUCUUGUAUAUCUGCUGGCAUGCAGUCUUGUCUGCGCCACUGCGUGGACGUGUGUCAGGUCUGCGAGCUUCCAA